AUGGCCAUGAAUGUGGAAUCCAAGACGGCUAUCGUAACUGGAGCUGGUUCUGGAAUCAACCUCUGCUAUGCACAGCUAUUGCUCGAGAACCGCUGCAAUGUAGUUAUUGCCGAUCUGGCAUUGCGUCCGGAAGCACAAGAGCUGCUCGCCAAAUAUCCUUUGACAGGCCAAGGCGCAAAAGCCGUCUUUCAGAAGACCGAUGUUACAGACUGGGCGCAGCUAGACAAGAUGUUUGAGGUUGCAACCGAGCAUUUCGGAGGAGCCGAUAUUGUGUGCCCUGGCGCUGGAGUGUAUGAACCUCUAUGGUCAAACUUCUGGGCCCCACCCGGAUCCCCACCCUCCAAAGAUGAUCUCUCCUCUUCACGAUACGCCAUCGUCGAUAUCAAUAUCACGCAUCCCAUUCGGGUCACCCAGAUGGCCAUCACCCACUUCCUUACUCGAAACAAGCCCGGCGUGGUGGUACACAUCUCCUCAGUCGCAGGACAAGUCCCAUACUUCCCCACACCCGUAUACGUUGCGUCAAAGCACGCAAUCAACGGCCUCGUGCGGUCUUUGGGGUACCUCGAAAAGGCGCCUGCACCCAUCCCUAAAAUCCGAGUGAACGCUGUUGCGCCAGCACGGAUCCUGACGCCGCUCUGGACGGACAAUCCAGAGAAGAUGAAGAUGAUCGGGAACGACGAGGCUGGGUGGGUGAUGCCGGAGGAUGUCGCCAAGUUGAUGUUAGAUUUGGUAGUUAAGGAGGAGUACGUUGGAGGAACGAUUGUCGAGAUAGGUAGCAGCGUCCGCGUAGUUGACGCCUUUAAUGAUGCGGGGCCCCAUGGAUCCGGCAACGCUGUGGUGAAUGCGGGCGAUCCCGAAGUUGAGGAGGAUGUAUGGAACAGCAUGAAGGCGAUUAUGGCGGGCAAACAAAAAAGCUAG